CAUCCCACGGAUACCAGCCUUCGACAGUGCACCGGGACUCGCAGCGCUCCCUGCUGCCUCAACAACCUAACCAGGGCUCGCUUGGACCGGGGCUGGAGCUCCACCGAACCUCCGCUAAACCCACAGCACAGCCCUCGACCGUGCCAUUUCACCAGAAAUCACUCAUAACCACACUCAAACAGCACUUAGAGGCGAUCUCUCCGUCCGUAAAUAGUUAUAUAUAUUGACGACAUCCUUGAUUAUAACUUUUAAAGAAAUUGAGUGGAUCUUUGAGCGAAGAUAUCUGUCAGCCUAUAGCAAAACAACCUGGAAAACUUCUCGUUUCUUUUUGUGACUUUUUUUUAUGGGGGAAAAAAUCUGAAACACUUAUUUAAACAAUCAUCUGCAGUUGAGGGAACACAUACUUUUGCCUGGAUUUUAGGUUCUGAAGUUUCUUCGUGAUGACUCCGGUCUGCUUCCUGCGUUCGCUUCUCGUCCUGAUCUUGGCUCUGUUGUCGGCCAAUGCUAGUAACUGGCUGUAUCUGGCCAAACUGUCGUCCAUCGCCAGUAUUCAGGACGAGGAAACGUGCGAGAAGUUGAAAGGUUUGAUAAACCGACAGAUCCAGAUCUGCAAGCGGAAUGUGGAGGUGAUGGAUUCGGUGCGGAGAGGAGCCGAGCUGGCGAUCGAAGAGUGUCAGCACCAGUUCAGGAACCGCCGCUGGAACUGCUCCACUGUCGAUACGCUGCCUGUAUUCGGCAAAGUGGUCACACAAGGAACAAGAGAAGCAGCCUUUGUGUAUGCAAUCUCAUCUGCUGGAGUGGCCUUUGCAGUUACUCGUGCCUGUAGCAGUGGGGAGUUGGAAAAGUGUGGUUGUGAUCGCACAGUCCAUGGAGUGAGCCCUGAUGGUUUCCAAUGGUCAGGUUGUUCAGAUAACAUCGCCUAUGGUGUUGCCUUUUCCCAGUCGUUUGUGGAUGUAAGGGAAAGAAGCAAAGGUGCUUCUUCAAGCAGGCCACUAAUGAAUCUGCACAACAACGAGGCAGGAAGGAAGGCCAUUUUGAACAACAUGAGGGUGGAAUGUAAAUGUCAUGGAGUUUCUGGAUCAUGUGAAGUGAAGACUUGCUGGAAAGCCAUGCCUCCAUUCAGGAAAGUGGGCAAUGUGCUGAAGGAGAAAUUUGAUGGAGCCACAGAAGUUGAGCAGAGGAAAAUUGGUUCCACAAAAGUCUUAGUGCCCAAGAAUUCUCAGUUUAAGCCACACACUGAUGAGGACCUUGUGUAUCUUGACUCAAGCCCAGAUUUCUGCGACCACGACAUUAAGAACGGGGUCCUUGGAACCUCUGGGCGUCAGUGCAAUAAGACGUCCAAGGCAAUUGACGGUUGCGAGCUCAUGUGUUGUGGUCGUAGCUUCAAUACAGAGGAGGUGGAGAUCGUGGAAAGAUGCAGUUGUAAAUUCCACUGGUGCUGUUUUGUCAAGUGCAAGCAGUGCCGCAAAGUGGUGGAGAUGCACACGUGUCGGUGA